AUGUUACCUGACGACCUCGGCGACCUGCCGACGCCUCCUGCACCAACCCUGCAAAUCCGGCACCCGCAAGCCCGCGUCGUUACACAAACGAUCGAGCGCGCCGCAACCACGUACACCACGCACGUCACUCUGGGCCUCGGCGACGGGACCGCCGAAACUUCAGCCCCUACUUCUCCACCUCCGGCAGCACCGCCCGCGGGUAACGUCAACUCGGCCCCCGGCUACAACUACAUUGGUGCCAUCGUCGGCUCCGUCGUGGCUUUUGUGUUUUUGCUACUGCUGCUGUGGUGCUGCAUCUGCAAGCCGCGUAUCUUGCGCCGUCAGCGCCAGCUCGCCGCCGCUAGGGAUGGCUACUCGUCUGGCUACGACAGCGAGGGCUCGUUGAGCAGCGGCGGCCCGGUGCGUCCGCUGCCGCGGAGGCCGAGGCCCCGUGUCCCGCCCAUGCCGGUGCUAAAUCCGCCGCCUGUGCGGAUCAAACCCAUGAGGCAUACGGGUUGGACACAUUCUGCCGAACCGCAGAUCCGUGGAGUGAGGGUGUUUCCUUGA